UUAUGUCCGAUCAGAGACAUGAACCUAUUAGUUUAUUCCCUUUAUUUACACAAGUUGAGACUAUCUGAUUUAAUUAUUUCAGAAGACAUCUCAGUGUUACUAAGAAAAUAAGUGCAAUUCGAAUUUUCAGAUUUUUGAUUAUUGCAGAGGAUUAUUUUAUCAUGAUGUCAUUAUUUAGCAGAUUAUUCACUCAUACCAGAUUUAUCAGACACGUCGUUGCGAUUAAUAAUUUGAGUGGAAUUCAUACGACGUGUGUCACACGACUGGAUCAAGGCUGGCGACGAAAGAUGCGUCUACCAGAAAAUCCAAACGCUUUCGGCCCGUUGACAAAUCUGCCAGAUUAUUCCUUCGCAGAUGGAAGACCAACGCCUUUCGGAACGAGGAUGCUCAACAGAAUCAAUAAACAACGAGAAAUAUUGAAAAGAGUGAGAACCCUCACGAGUGAGGUUGAUUACGCAGUCCAGAGGUACGAGAGAAUCCAGGGAGAGAAGGCAAAAUAUAGAAAGAGCAUUCUAGAAUCAAAACUCAAGCCAAAGGGGACGAAAUUAGCGAUAGCCAUGUCUGAGGUUUCAAAAAAACCACCAAGUUAAUUACUCCGCAUUACUAAGUUAAACACGUCGAUCAAUAAACGAAUGUUAAGCAAACACUUUUUAAAUGA